CAAGGCUCUUGGAGGCUGAGUUGAGAAGCAGUGGUGCCAGGCAGCGGAACUGGGUGAAUUUACAACGUUACAGGAGCCACUUGGUCGCAGGCAAACGAUUUGAGACUCGGCGAGAGCCAUUUGUAAUAGCCAAGGAUGCGGGAAUAACGACAGAUCUGGACCGUUUGGCUUCUUUGGAUUAAUUUUCUCUCAUCACACAGCCCCACAUCUGGUUCGAAAUGUCGGGAAAGAUAGAAAGUAAGCAAGACUCCCAGCGAUCCCAUUUGUCUUCCUUCACCAUGAAACUUAAGGACAAGUUCCACUCACCCAAAAUCAAAAGGACCCCGUCGUCCAAGAAGACGCCCAAGCCCCCCACAGAGAACACAGUCAAGACCCCGGAGAAGCACGUCAACAAGAACCGGAGUCGGCUGGAGGAGCAUGAGAAAGAUGUGGUCAGUGCCUUGCGUUACUUCAAGACCAUCAUCGACAAGAUGGUGGUGGACAAGAAGGUUCUAGAGAUGUUGCCCGGUUCUGCCAGCAAGGUUCUAGAGGCUGUUCUGCCUCUGGUCCAGGUGGACCCAAGGAUACAGCACAGCUCGGCCGUGUCUUCGUGUCUGAACCGGGUCUACCAGAGCCUGGGCAACCUCAUCCACUGGUCCGACCAGGUGAUGCUCGGAGACGAAGACAUCAACCUGGACGACAAGGAGACCAUCGUGUCAGUCACCACGGUGAUCAGAGCGGUACUGGAUGGCGUUAAGGAGCUGGUGAAGCUGACCAUUGAGAAGCAGGAGCACCCUUCCCCCACCUCCCCCGUCAAGCCCGUGCCUCCUGUGACCAUCCAGGACAGCACGCCGGAGGCUCCUGCGGAUGAGACUGUUGGAGAGAAAGAGAAGGAGAAAGAGAGGGAUGGAGAGAGGGAGGCGCCCAUGACGCCCUCCUCCACCUUAACACGGCCCAUGACGCCCUCCUCCACCUUAACACGGUCCACCGAAGUCCUCAACGACUCCACCGAUGAGGAGGUGGCCCCCCCAAAACCCCCCCUCCCCGGGCUGAAGGUUCCUGAGCACUGUCCUCCAGCCCUUCCUCCUAAGAAGCGCCAGUCGGCUCCGUCUCCCACGCGUGUGGCAGUGGUGGCGCCCAUGAGCAGAGACACCGGCGGCUCCAGUCUUCCCAUCGGCAUCACCAAACAGGACUACGAGGCGGACGCGCUCCAGCGACGCUUCUCUGGGGGAAGUCACUCGUACGGCGGCGAGUCUCCGCGUCUGUCCCCCUGCAGCAGCAUGGGCAAACUCAGCAAGUCGGACGAGCAGCUCUCCUCCAUCGAGCAGGACAGCGGACAGUGCUCACGCAACACCAGCUGUGAGACGCUGGACAUCACGGAGGGCUACGACCCAGACUAUGACUUCCUGCACCAGGACCUGUCCAGCGAGGGUCAGAUCGCUACGCUGUCCAUGGGAGGCUGCCUCAGCCCCCUCCCCGAGUCGCACCGCGAGUCGUCGUCCUCCUGCCCCCCGCUCUACGCCACCCAGUCGCCCGUGCCGGGGGUCGUCUCUCCGUACGGGUCGCCCUCUCCGCUGCAGCCGCCCCCCCUCCAGUCCCGCGUCAGCGCGCCACCCGCCCUCCAGUCCCGCGUCAGCGCGCCCCCCGCCCUCCCCGAGAAGAGGCGGCGCAGCGGCGGACCCCCCCACGCCGCCGCCUCGCUGGACGCCGCGGCCUCCCCCCGCGCUCCGCUGGAGCGGCUGCACUCGCACUACGACAACAUCAGCGAGGAGGAGGUCCACGCCCUGGCGCAAGGACUCGCCCUCGGCCACCACGGGCCGCCCGUGCCCCCGUUCCCGCUCUACACACACGUCUCGCCCGCGCCCGCCACGCCAGGAGCCCCCUACGGCCCCGCACACCACCACUUCAGCCCCAUCCACGCCACCGACGUCCCACAGAGCCCCCCCCCACUGCCCGAGAAGAAGAGCAGGCACAUCCUGAAGUACAUGCAGUUUGUGGAGGACUACUCGGAGCCUCAGCCCUCGGUGUUCUACCAGACGCAGAGCGAGAGCAUCUACGAGCAGCGCAACAAGCGCUUCCAGGAGGUGUACGGCUUCAACGACUCCUUCAGCAGCAGCGACUCCAUGCACGAACCCCUGCCUCCACCCGCACUGCCCCCCAAACAGAGGCAACUGAGCUUGGACUUGGCAGCCCCGGCCACGCCCAGCCAAGACCUGCUGCUAUUGGCUAACGGCUCCCUGGAGAGCUCUGCUGGUUCUCUGGCCACCUGUCUUCCCUCUGACGCUACUCUGUCCGACACACGCCAGCCCCUCCUGAGCGAGAGUGCUAACGAGGAGGGGGGCGAGGGGGAGUACGUCAAUCUGUACUCCUCCACCCAGGCCAGCGGAGACGGGACACUCCCCCGCCGCGACCCAACCGCUGAGGACCCGGAGGACCCUGCGGCAGACAAGGACAUGACGGAGUCCGACAGCUGGAGGCUGAAGUCUCCAGACUCUGGACAGAGCACAGAGGAGGUGGACGAGCUCUCCCUCAUCGACCACGAGGAGAUCAUGUCCCGCAUAACACUAAAGCAGGAGAAUGACGAUGGGCCGGAUGUGCGAGCUGGAUCGGGAGAUAUUCUUCUGGUCCACGCCACAGAAACUGACCGCAAAGAUCUGGUGCUGUAUUGUGAAGCGUUCCUGACCACGUACCGUACGUUCAUAACCCCAGAAGACCUCAUUAAGAAGCUCCACUAUCGGUACACCAGGUUUUCCCACAGCCCGGACACGUUUAAGAAGCGCGUCAGCAAGAACACCUUCUUUGUGUUGGUGCGCGUGGUGGAUGAGCUGUGUCUGGUGGAGUUGACGGAGGACAUCCUGCGGCAGCUGAUGGACUUGGUGUUCCGGCUGGUGUGUAGUGGGGAGCUUAGUCUGGCCCGGGUUCUCCGCAAGAACAUUCUGGACAAGGUGGAACAGAAGAAGCUGAUGCGCUAUACCAUAUCACUGCAGCCACUGGCUGCCAGAGGGGUGGCCGCAAGGCCGGGCACACUGCAUGACUUCCGCAGUCAUGAGAUAGCUGACCAGCUCACUCUCCUCGAUGCAGAGCUCUUCUACAAGAUAGAGAUCCCUGAGGUGUUGCUUUGGGCAAAGGAGCAGAACGAGGAGAAGAGCCCCAAUCUCACACAGUUCACAGAGCACUUUAACAACAUGUCCUACUGGGUCCGCUCCAUAAUCAUCCUCCAGGAGAAAGCCCAGGACCGAGAGAAACUCCUCCUCAAAUUCAUCAAAAUCAUGAAGCACUUACGGAAGCUGAAUAACUUUAACUCGUAUCUUGCAAUACUUUCUGCGUUGGAUUCUGCACCCAUCCGAAGACUGGAAUGGCAGAAGCAAACCUCAGAGGGACUGGAAGAGUACUGCACUUUAAUUGACAGCUCCUCUUCGUUCCGUGCGUAUCGGGCAGCGCUGGCUGAGGUGGAGCCACCAUGCAUCCCCUAUCUGGGUCUCAUCCUCCAGGACUUGACCUUUGUGCAUCUGGGGAACCCUGACCUCAUCGAGGGGAAGGUGAACUUCUCCAAACGCUGGCAGCAGUUCAACAUCCUGGACAGCAUGAGGCGCUUUCAGCAAGUGCAUUAUGAUCUCAAACACAACGAAGAGAUCGUCUCCUUCUUUAACGACUUCAGCGACCACCUGGCGGAGGAGGCUCUGUGGGAGCUCUCUCUGAAGAUCAAGCCGCGCAACAUCGUGCGGCGCAAGACUGACCGCGAGGAGAAGACCUAGUGGGCCGUCCGGCACUCGGGCUGUCCAGCAUUACGCAGCCCCGUUGUGCCCCGCUUUAGUUGGCUUUUAUUUCCGUCUGGACCUCCCGCCAUUUAAUAGGUCAUCACCGACGCCAGAGCAGAGCAGAGGAGAGUAGAGGAGAGCAGAAUGCACGUCACGUGCGGCAAAGGAAGCGCAGCGGGCAGCCAGGCCGGACACAGUUUACAGCGCCUCGGAUGGGAUUGCACUGCGUUGCGUGUGUGUGUGAGCAUGUGUGUGUGAGCGUGUGUGUGCGAGCGUGUGUGUGUAGGGGCUGGAGAGAUUCUGUGCCAAGCACAAACAUUUGGGGGCUACAGAGUAGUUUCCUAAUGACUCGUGUCAUCCUGAUCACCUCCCUCCUAAACCCUUCUGCUCGUCCUUCUCCUCCUCCCUCUAUCCCCCUAUCCCUCUCCUCCUCCUCCCUCUAUCCCCCCAUCCCUCUCCUCCCUCCUUCUAUCCCCUAUU